AUGGCUCGCAGCUUCACAAUCGUCAGAUCUCGCGCCCCGCAGACCCCCGAAUCCGUAUCGAUACCUGUCAUGGCCUAUUCCGACGCAGGACCGCGGAACGACUCCCACGCCCUGGACAAGACGCAUGCAACAAAGUCCCCGGAAUAUCGAAAAAUGGGUCAGUGGGACUUACGUCGGACUGACACAUCGAACGGACAAGCACGAAGAAAGCCACCGCCAGGCAAGGGAGCAACGUUCGACUUUCGUGUGACGGCACCGCCAGACGAAGCCAUUCCAGCCACCUCAAGGUCAAACCGUGGCCCGAACCGGCAGCAUAUUAUUGGCAUUGCCCUGGGCAGCCCCGAGAGAACGGAUUUUGGAGAACGCUUGCCGUCGCCGAGAUUUGAUACCUCGAUCUUCCCGCGAGACAGGGCAGAACAAACAUCUUUGCCUCGCAAGCCGAGCAAGUGGAAGAAGAUUGCAGGGCUGUUCAAGGCAAAGAAUGCGCUGGCAGUGCCAACCGACAAUGCAUCAACAAAGCCACCUGCAGAUCAAUCACACCCCGAGAAGUCACACAAGAUGAGGAAGAGAACGAAUUCAACGGAAAAAUGGCCGAGUCUGGAUAUCGAAUCCAAUAUCCCACCUUAUGGCGGCGAACCCCCGAAAACGAAUCCCGGCAAUGCCGGCCCCCUUCUCAAUGUCGAUAUCCCGGACACCCAUAUGGAACGGUAUACCGUGAUGUUCGGCAAGGUCGUCAACCAAAGCCAGAAACCAUCACUCCUGGCCCGUCGCAGCAAGACACUAGACAAUCUUCGUGUACCAGAUCCACGGAGUUUCCCCACGUCCAAAGCACCCGCCAUUGCCGUACGACGGGCCACCUCGCCCGCGCAAUCCAACUUCACCUGUUACCCAACAUCCCACCCUUCCAAAGCAGCGCAGAUCCUUGGUACUGAGGACUUGUCGCGGGGACCAAGUCCUAUACCGCGGGCACACACUCUUCCCGUUGAUAGCCCGGCCAAGUCUGAAAAGUCGAAAGCCAUUUCACAUAUGAAUAACUUUUCCUCGCUUGGGUCCCCGAUAGAAAAACGACCGCCACCACCACCAGCCAAAGAUAAACCAGCCCAACCAUAUUCAGCCCCAAAACUUCAACACCCAGUCGACCGAACCGCUUCUCGACGACCGGCAAUAUCCACCGGCCCCAAGUACCGAUCUCCCCCUAACAAUUCUACACUGGAGCUUGACGGGACUUGUAUUCCCCAUCAAGCUCCAGAGCCAGCCCCCGUCGAGAUCUCAACAGCACGGACUAUCUGCGUGUCCGCGGGCAAGCAACAGAUGCUCGUGCCUAUCAGACCGCGCAUGGACUACCUCGAACCGAACGAGCGGUUCGUCGACCGCAAGACAUUGACGCCACGCAUUACUGAUGUGCAUUAUGGCCAUCGGCAUGCGGUAUCGCAAGAGCUGCGGAUCGAGUCGGUGUGA